AUGAACAAUGGAUACUUGAGUGUCAGACCCCCUCAUCCAGGCACAUGUGAUUGGUUCUUUGAGACGGACCAGUUUCGACAUUGGCGAGACCACUCCCAAACCGCCGAGGGCAACUUAGAGCUUCGGGUCCAAGGCGGGCCAGGGACAGGCAAAUCGACAUUGAUGAAGCAUAUUUUGAACUAUUGUCAUAAAGAAAUGCACGACCACGUGAUCCUGUCCCAUUUCUUUCAUGAUCGCGGAAAAACUUCGGAGAACAGCCUGUUGAACAUGAUGCGAUCGCUCGUCCAUCAGUCGCUCCAUCAAGAGAUCGAACUAUCUGAACAGUGCAUUAAGUUUGUCCAAAUGGGAAGAUUGGUGGAAAAUAAAGAAGACUGGCAAUGGCAGCUUGGCGAAUUGGAAGAACUUUUGCUGCUGGCAUUGCAAUCACCUUUGCCAAAACCGGUGAUCGUCAUCAUCGACGCUAUUGACGAGUGCGAAGUCCAUGAAACUCGAAGGAUGAUCAGACUCCUCAACAACCUAUUGUAUCUUAAGUUUGACAGAGAUAUUACUAUCAAGCUCUGCUACACCGGUCGCUCUCCAAACGACAAAAUACCCUUGGGCUGGGCGGAUCGCUCUCUCGACGUCAAACUGCCCAUGCGCGAGGGGGUUGGUAUUAACCUUGACGACUUGAACAGCAGAGAUAUCAUGCUGUAUAUUGAGGAGAGACUGACUCAUUCCAUUGAAUAUGCUGGGAAAGAACUGCUGAAAAAGUCAUCAGGAUGUUUCCUUUGGGUUGUCAUCGUCGUUGCUCUACUGAACAAAAGGCAUUUCGCGGGCGACGAUGAUGCAACAACACUGAAGAUACUGGAUGGAAUCCCCCAGGAUUUAUCAGAGGUUUUCAACAUGCUCCUGCUUCAAAACGAUCAAGAAAUCGGAGACAGGGCUUUUCUUGUGCAGCUGGUGCUUCUUAGCAGGCGGUCGCUCAAGCCUGAAGAGCUAUGUGCUGUCAUUGGGAAAGUACCAGCUAAUAACGAGUCUAUAGAGCGGCACAUUUCCAAUCUCUCUCAUGGUCUUGUGGAAGUACGACAAGAAGGAACCGCUAUCGUUCAAUUCAUACACCAUACCGUUCAAGAUUUCAUGCGUCUGAAGGAUACGUGGCAGGCUUUAGACCCAGGGUCUGAUGACAAUCCAACUCGGGCGGGUCAUGUUCGUUUGUGGGAACGUUGCCGAGAAUGCAUGCAGUCGUUCAUGGAAUCGCCGAUACAGAAGCAUGAUAUGCAAGCUCCGGGUGACAGACACCCCUUCUUCAGCUAUGCAAUAGAGAAUAUACUCUAUCAUGCCGAAAUGGAAUUUUCAGAAGUGAAGGAAGGACGCGCAGUCCCCAAGGAGCCGAUCGUAAGGUGGUUGCAAAAUUACAACCACUGGUUCAAUUGGCUGAAGCGAUGGCGCAGAAUCGAAAGUGAAGUCGGGCUCCUCUACGUACUAGCUACGGACGGCUUCCCAAAUCUGGCUGAAUUCGUGCUUAUGCAAGGCGCCGAUGUCAACGCAAAAGGCGGUCUUUAUGGCAAUGCCCUUCAAGCCGCCGUCAGCCGGGGCAACGAAGAAGUUGUGAAACGACUUCUCAAGUACGGCGCCGAUGUCAAUGCCCAGGGUGGUUCAUAUGGCAGUGCACUCCAAGCUGCUUUGUACAGAGGCAAGGAAGAGAUAACAAAGUUACUCUUCGAAGGGGGCACCUCAGUUGAUGGUCAAGGCCGCAGGUAUAUCAACAGUAUACAAGCCGCUGCCGCCGUAUCUGAAGCCAGUGAAGACAUGAUCGAUCUGCUCCUCCAUCGAGGUGCCGAUAUCAACGCUGGAGAUGGCUCUCACGGCAACGCAGUUCAGGUUGCCAUAUUCGAAGGUAACCUGAGUACCCUAAAGAUUCUUCUUCAGCGCGGUGCCAAUAUUCAUGCUUGGGGCGGGUUCCAUGGCAACGCUCUCCAAGCCGCUGCGUAUACUGGCAAUGAGGAGGCAAUCACCCUUCUUCUUGAUUGCGGGGCUGACGUCAAUGCUGAAGGUGGACACUAUGGCAGUGCCCUUCAAGCUGCUGCUGCUCAAAAAUUUCACAAAGUCGUCAAGCUCCUCAUCUCAAAUGGCGCCGACAUUUAUGCUACUGGCGGCGAGUACGGAAGCGCCCUCUGUGCAGCCGCACACGAGGGCAGUCUAGUGAUCGUCGAGAGUCUUCUUGAUGAAGGGGCCGACCCAGAUAUUCAAGUUGACUACUAUGGCAAUGCGCUUCAAGCUGCGGCUUAUCAAGGCCAUUUUGAGGUUGUCCAGUCGCUACUUUGGAGUGAUGCCAAUAUUGAUGCUCAAGGGGGCAGGUAUGGCAAUGCACUUUGUGCAGCUUUAGCUGCAGCCAAUGAUGGAAUCAUCGAAUAUCUUCUACGGCACCGUGCAAGAACAGAUCUACGCGAUUCCUCUAACCGAACCGCACUCCAUUAUGCCGUUGAAUCAGGGUCUCAUUCAUUGGUGCAACUCAUCCUUGAAAAGGGGGCAUCACCAGAUAAUUUGGAUGAUGCCAAAAAGAGCCCCUUGGAUAUUGCUGUGCAGUCAGGAGAUGCACACUUGAUACAUCAGCUAAUUUCGCGCACCAGAAAGAUGCCGCUCAUGUCAGCCAGAGAUUGGCGAAAGUGUCUCAAUCUGAAGGCAAAUUCUGAUAUAUCAUUCUGUAUAUCCUAUCCAAGUUCCAUCGAGGAGCACGACUCGAGACUACUUGAGAUCCUUACUAAUGAGUGCUUCCCUAUCACUUAUCAGAAGUCAAUUCCAUGGAAGAAGGAAAGCUUGAUUGGCUCUAUGGAUAAAGCAUACAUCUAG